AGAAGCUUUGCAUUCUGGCGAUUAUUUGCUUUAACAAAGGAGAAACUAACAACUAACAAUUCUUUGCCAUAAUGAUGAAACAUUGACGGAGGGAAAAAGAUGGCAGGAGGUGCAACUUAAUUUCCUCAUUUUCGAUGAGCUGCAUCACAGGACAUUUCAUUAGUUAACCCUCGGCUGCUUCACCACAGAAGAUGAUGAAUCUCUCCGACGCCGUUGACGGUUGGCCCUCCCCCGGGGGCGGCAACCAAUCAACAGAAGGCGGCGCUUGGCCACAACAGCCCAACCAGCCUCCGGGGCCAGGUGCGCCCAACCAGCCCAACCGGCCCCCGUGGCCUGGUGCGCCCAACCAGCCCAACCAGCCCAUGUGGCCCGGUGCGCCUAGCCAGCCUAACCAGCCCACGUGGCCUGGUGCGCCUAGCCAGCCUAACCAGCCCAACCAGCCCAUGUGGCCUGGUGCGCCUAGCCAGCCUAACCAGCCCAACCAGCCCACAUGGCCCGGUGCGCCUAACCAGCCUAACCAGCCCAACCAGCCCACAUGGCCCGGCGCGCCUAACCAGCCUAACCAGCCCAACCAGCCCAACCAGCCCACAUGGCCCGGGGCGCCCACCAACCCCACCUGGAACGGACAACAGGUCGCAGGCGGGGAGGGCGGCAGAGGUGGAGGCACUGGUGUGGGUGGAGCCCUGUGGCCGGCCCCCUCCCCCUCCAAAGGGUCCGGGGACUGGCCUGCUCCAUCACCCGGAACAGGAGCCAACACUUCAGUUUCUCUGUCGGUGCCGUUCAGCCAAAAGAUUCCCGGCGGCUUGAGAACGGGGAACAUUAUCAACAUCAAAGGAAACAUCAAACCCAAUGCUAACAAGGUGACGGUGGACCUGUGCAGCGCUCACGAUCUGGCGUUCCACUUCAACCCUCGCUUCAACGAGAACGGCAAGAAGGUGAUCGUGCGGAACAGCAAAAUCGGCGGUCGCUGGGGCAACGAGGAGAGGAGCCUGCCGCGCUUCCCCUUCGUGGCCGGACAGCCGUUCGAGCUGCGGAUCGAGUGCGCCUCCAACAUGUUCAAGGUGUUCGUUCAAGGCUCGCACCUGCUGGACUUCCAUCACCGCUUGACGAACGUGAGCCAGAUCCAAAAGUUGGCUAUCUCCAACGACGUCACGCUCUCAGACGUCAGGAUCCAGUGACCUCUGACCUCGCCACCUCUGAAAUCAGAACAUCAGCGCCUCCUCGAGUCGAAAUAAUAAAGUCAACCUUUGACCCCA